GCGGGUGUACUGGGCAGUAUUUUCUUCCUGCGGCCGGGCCCCCUUCGCCUGGGCGGCGGGGCCAGGAGGGGCUGGGCCUCUAUACGAUUCCUGCCUGACCAGAGUGACCUCAGAAAGGAGGGAAAAUGGCUUCUGAAUCUGAAACCCUGAAUCCCAGCGCUCGGAUAAUGACCUUUUACCCGACUAUGGAGGAGUUCCGGAACUUCAGUCGAUACAUUGCCUACAUUGAAUCCCAAGGAGCUCAUCGGGCUGGGCUGGCCAAGGUUGUUCCUCCUAAGGAGUGGAAGCCUCGAGCGUCCUAUGAUGACAUUGAUGAUCUGGUCAUUCCUGCUCCCAUCCAGCAGCUGGUGACCGGGCAGUCUGGGCUCUUCACUCAGUACAACAUACAGAAGAAAGCCAUGACUGUUCGAGAGUUCCGCAAGAUAGCCAAUAGUGAUAAGUACUGUACCCCACGCUAUAGUGAGUUUGAAGAGCUUGAACGGAAAUACUGGAAAAAUCUUACUUUCAAUCCGCCAAUCUAUGGCGCAGACGUGAAUGGCACUCUCUAUGAGAAGCAUGUUGAUGAGUGGAAUAUUGGCCGGCUGAAGACAGUCCUGGACUUGGUGGAGAAGGAGAGUGGGAUCACCAUCGAGGGUGUGAACACCCCGUACCUGUACUUCGGCAUGUGGAAGACAUCCUUUGCCUGGCACACUGAAGACAUGGACCUAUACAGCAUCAAUUACCUGCACUUCGGAGAACCCAAGUCCUGGUACUCUGUUCCCCCUGAGCACGGGAAGCGGUUGGAGCGCCUCGCCAAAGGCUUUUUCCCAGGAAGUGCUCAAAGCUGUGAGGCUUUUCUCCGCCAUAAGAUGACCUUGAUUUCCCCUUUAAUGCUGAAGAAAUACGGAAUUCCCUUUGACAAGGUCACUCAGGAAGCUGGAGAGUUCAUGAUCACAUUUCCUUAUGGCUACCACGCCGGCUUUAACCACGGCUUCAACUGUGCGGAGUCUACCAAUUUUGCUACGCGGCGGUGGAUUGAGUAUGGCAAACAGGCAGUGCUGUGCUCCUGUAGGAAGGAUAUGGUGAAGAUCUCCAUGGACGUGUUUGUGAGGAAGUUCCAGCCAGAAAGGUACAAACUUUGGAAAGCUGGGAAGGACAGCACAGUUAUCGACCAUACGCUGCCCACGCCAGAAGCCGCUGAGUUUCUUAAGGAGAGUGAACUGCCUCCAAGGGCCGCGAGUGAGGAGGAGUGCCCAGAGGAGGACAUGGAGGGAGUCGAGGACGGCGAGGAGGGCCACCUGAAGAGAAGCCUCGCCAAGCACCGCAUAGGGACAAAGAGGCACCGAGUUUGUCUCGAAAUUCCGCAGGAGGUCAGUCAGAGCGAGCUCUUCCCCAAGGAGGAGCUGAGUUCCGGCCAGUACGACCUGACGGCGUGCCAGGCCGCGCUCGCCCCCGUGAGGCCCACCCACAGCUCUGUGCGGCAGGUCGAGGAUGGUCUCCCCUUCCCAGAUUAUUCUGACUCGACUGAAGUCAAAUUUGAAGAGCUUAAAAACGUCAAACUCGAAGAGGAGGAGGAGGAGGAUGCGGAGGAAGAGGAGGAGGAAGCAGCUGCUGCCUUGGAUCUUUCUGUGAAUCCUGCCUCUAUAGGGGGACGCCUUGUCUUCUCAGGUUCCAAAAAGAAAUCAUCUUCCAGCCUGGGCUCCAGUUCAUCACAGGAUUCUGUUUCUUCCGAUUCAGAAACCAGUGAGCCCCUGUCCUGCCAAGGCCAAGGGCAGACGGGAGUCCUCACUGUGCACAGCUAUGCCAGAGGGGACGGCAGGGUCGCUGCGGGAGAGCCGUGCACGCGGAAGAAAAGGAGCGCCAGCAGGAGUAUCAGCGAGCGGGAGCUGGCGGAGGUAGGGCUGCCUGGAAGGGACCCUGUGGGUGGGGUGCAGCGGUGUCCAGGAGGCAGGAGUAACCGCAGGGUGGACCUCCAGUCUGCCGUGGUGUGGAGUAGAAAGCCAGGUGGCAUUGGCUCACUUCCAGGAAGGAGUUCCUUUCUCUUAUCUAGUAUCCUUCUGGAGACGGAUGAAUCCCCAAAGCCAUCCACGUGGACAUUUGUCCAGGCUUCCUCCUGGAACACGCUUGCUCAUGUGCUCCCCGGCAGAGCCGCGGAUGUGCUAACUCCUGCUCUGCUUCCUUCUCUAGAGACAUCUGAGCAGCUGACCCCCGAGGAGGAGGCUGAGGAGACAGAGGCCUGGGCCAAGCCCCUGAGCCAACUAUGGCAGAACCGACCCCCGAACUUCGAGGCCGAAAAGGAAUUCAAUGAGACCAUGGCCCAGCAGGCCCCUCACUGCUCUGUCUGUAUGAUCUUUCAGACUUACCAUCAGGUUGAGUUUGGAGGCCUCAGUCAGAACUGUGCGGAUGCUCCAGAUUUAGCCCCCCAGAAGCAGAGGACCAAGCCAUUGAUUCCAGAAAUGUGCUUCACCACGACUGGCUGUAGCACGGACAUCAACCUCUCCACCCCGUACCUCGAGGAGGAUGGCACCAGCAUCCUCGUUUCCUGCAAGAAGUGCAGUGUCCGGGUCCACGCCAGUUGCUAUGGCGUCCCCCCUGCAAAGGCUUCUGAAGACUGGAUGUGUUCUCGAUGUUCAGCCAAUGCCCUGGAGGAGGACUGCUGUUUAUGCUCAUUACGAGGAGGAGCCCUACAGAGAGCCAAUGACGACAGGUGGGUCCAUGUCUCCUGUGCUGUGGCGAUUCUGGAAGCGAGGUUUGUCAACAUCGCAGAAAGAAGUCCAGUGGACGUGAGCAAAAUUCCCCUGCCGCGCUUCAAGCUGAAAUGCGUCUUCUGUAAGAAGCGGAGAAAAAGAACUGCCGGCUGCUGUGUGCAGUGUUCUCACGGCCGUUGCCCAACUGCCUUCCACGUGAGCUGUGCCCAGGCUGCAGGAGUGAUGAUGCAGCCGGAUGACUGGCCUUUUGUCGUCUUCAUUACCUGCUUUCGGCACAGGAUUCCUAAUUUGGAGCGUGCCAAGGGGGCCUUGCAGAGCAUCACCGCAGGCCAGAAGGUCAUUAGCAAGCACAAGAACGGCCGCUUCUACCAGUGUGAGGUGGUCAGGCUCACCACCGAGACCUUCUAUGAAGUCAACUUUGAUGAUGGCUCCUUCAGCGACAAUCUCUAUCCUGAGGACAUAGUGAGUCAGGAUUGUCUCCAGUUGGGUCCUCCUGCUGAAGGGGACGUGGUUCAAGUGCGGUGGACAGAUGGCCAAGUCUAUGGAGCCAAGUUCGUGGCCUCCCACCCCAUCCAGAUGUACCAGGUGGAGUUUGAGGAUGGCUCACAGCUGGUGGUUAAGAGAGAUGAUGUAUACACGCUGGAUGAAGAGCUUCCCAAGAGAGUCAAGUCUAGACUGUCAGUAGCCUCAGACAUGCGCUUCAACGAGAUUUUCACAGAGAAGGAGGUUAAACAGGAAAAGAAACGGCAGCGAGUUAUCAACUCAAGAUACCGGGAAGAUUACAUUGAGCCUGCACUCUACCGGGCCAUCAUGGAGUAGGUGCUUCCAGGAGCCAAGAGAUUCCCAGCCACCAAGGCGAGAACACUCUGGAGGUUCCACAGCACAGCAGACCCUUCGAACUCUGAAGUCUCUAAAAUGAAGUUGUAAAAUGCAAAGGAAUGAAAUAACCAACCCCAUCGUCUUCUCACCCCACCCUCAUCGCAUUCACCUCUAGUGAAAGGAUAAGCCGUUCUUGGACUUGUGGCAGCAGCCGCUGAGCUCCCACCGAGGGGCUGAGCACAGGAAUGCUGUGGCUGCAUGGUCUCUAAUGGGGUCGACUCCGCUAGCUGGACUGGUUGCCCUGUUCUCGGCCUAGAACUUAGUUUCCUAAUGAUCACCUGCACCAACUAGGAAGAGGUGCUGGUGCUUGCUCCCUCCCUUCCCCCUUUUGUAUUUAUGUGUGUGUGUGUAUGUGUGUGUGUGUGUGUGUGUGUGUGUGUGUGUGUGUGUGUGUGUUUGGUCUGGACCAGCUUUUGCCAGCCCCUGGCCUUUACUUCCUCCCUUUGCCUAUCCAGGGCAAACAAAAUGUGAAAUUCUGCCCUCAGCUGAGCUGAAUAAGGGCCCCUGGGGUUGGCUGGAGAUGGGUGUGGCGUCUGUCCCUUGAACUGCCUCAAGGGAAUGCUGGCAGAGCUGCAGUGUUGCGAUACUAAGGAGCUAAGGCCACCUCUCUUCUGUCCCCUCUUGAAGAAGAGAGGGGUCACAUGGGUGUGUGCCCACAUCUCUCUAGACACAGAGCCCCUGUGGCACAGUAUUAGAGGGUGUGGGUGGGGAAUACCAUGCAGGAGGAUCUUAAUGAUGGAAGCAGGCAGAGCCUGGUGGUGAUUCGACAGAAAAUUGCAAUCAGUGUGGGAGCUGGGAGGGUUAAGAUGAAUUGGGGCCACUGAUGGCCAGGGGCAGGUUUGCCCCUGGUCUGGGGAUGGGAGGGAGUGGAUAUGGGGGGGUGAGGGUGGGACUGGGGGGCAACACUGAAGGGGUUAAACAGGAUUUUGCUCCUCAUGAAUUUGUUUGCCUGGGCCCAGGAUUGGAGGGCUUCACACCUGUACCCUGUGUAUACAAGAAUCAGAUUUAUAAUAUUUCCCUGGUUUUUGUUACUUAUGAACGCUAUAAACCAAAUUAUUUUGAAAACUGG